AACAACAAAAAUAAAGAAGUAAAUAAAUCAAGCUUAUUAUUUUUCGUUUGAAUUAAAAUAGUUUAAAAUAAAAUUAAACAAUCAUGAACAAGAUUAAAAAGUGUGCAGGGAUGGAGAGCUUUCAACGAAUGAAUUAUCUGUACCAGAUUUGUAAUGCGAUGUCAACACAAAGCAAAGCUUCUCACAGAGCUUCGGUUCAGUACUCAAAUUUAAUGAUCAAUAUAUCUAAAAAGGCUGUUCAAAGAUUGGAUGUCGAGAUUAAAAGAACAAUAUGUAAAGGGUGUAGAUCAUUACUUUUACCCGGAAUUACGUGUAAAGUAAGAAUAAAAAAGAAGAAACUGCUACAUCAUUGUCUUUUAUGUUCAACUACUAAGGUUUUUCCAUGUAAAAAUAAAGACUACAAGCUGUGGGUGGAAAAUCCCGAAAGUGUAGUAGAAUGUUUAGAUUAUUCUCUAGACAGAAAUAAUCAACAACAAACAAGUGAUAAUAAAAAGAUUGGUCAUAGUGUUAAGCAAUAAAUAAGUUUUUGGAAU